AUGCUCACUCCGCCCGUGAAUCUGCCCAAGUGGCUCGAGGAAAAUUCUCACCUCCUCCAACCGCCCAUCAACAACUACUGCGUCUGGAAUGAUGACUUUACCGUCAUGAUUGUCGGCGGCCCCAACGCCCGCACAGACUACCACAUCAACCAGACGCCCGAGUGGUUCUACCAGCACAAGGGCGUCAUGAUGCUCAAGGUGGUCGACGACGGCGAAUUCCGCGACAUCCUCAUCCGCGAGGGCGACAUGUUCCUCCUGCCGGCCGACACGCCUCACAACCCCGUCCGCUUCGCCGACACGGUGGGCAUCGUCCUCGAGCAGCGUCGCCCGGCCGGCUCCAUCGACCGCCUGCGCUGGUACUGCGCCAACGCGGCGUGCCGCAGCAUCGUCCACGAGGCCGGCUUCCACUGCACCGACCUGGGCACCCAGAUCAAGGCCGCCGUAAACGACUUCAGGGCCGACGUCGACAAGAGGACGUGCCCGGCCUGCGGGGAGGUGGCUGACUCGGCCCCCAAGCCUGGGUCGAUACAGGAUCCGAACCUGGAUCGAACUUGA